AUGGGGAGGAAUGGGAUACCGUAUGGAGCCAGGUUGCAGGAGCUGGGUGACAGCGAUGAAGACGAGUUUUCGGCCGGCGGUUUACGUGGCCAAGGGGGCGUGUUUCUCGAUCCGAUGGUGCAGAAGGGGGGACCAGGAAGAGCCGCUUCCAGUGAUGCAUUGUACUACGACGGCAUUGAUCCAAGAUGGAAUGCAAGGGGAGGAAUUGAUUACGAUAAUGCAGUUUAUAGGCCGGCCUUUGAAGACGACUACUAUGGUGUCCGCCUUAAUCCAGACGAGGAAGAGCUCCUCGUCCAACGCGCUCUCGACCGCAUACGCAUCGCCCGCUCGCGCGGCCAACCCAACGUCAACCUCUCGCACGAGGAGCUCGAGGCGCUUGCGCGUCCGCACAUCCAGCAAUCUCCCAAGCCGCCGGACCUCGCUUCCGCACGGCCCUCCUCCAAGGGCCGCCCAAGCAGCAGCAGCAACAACAACAGCAGCACCCGCUCGAAGAAGUCCAGCUCGAGGCCUUCGCUCUUCUCCUCCUCGCCACGCUCGUCGCGACCCCGCUCGGGAAAGUCGGACAGCAAUCGUCGCAACAGCUCCGCUCAUGAGUCUGAAGCCUCGUCUGCUGCACCACCAGGCUUGCGCAUUCCCGGUGCGGGUGCCGCUCCACUGGGCUAUGCGUCCCAUCCGACUCCUCACCCCGGUUCUCGCAGUGCUAGCGGAGCCUACCAUGCCACCGCCAUCGGGCGGGAAUGGGCAGACCCUUUCUACGAUCCUGCCACUCGCGACUACGCAAGACCCAGCAGCCGGGACUCGAUCGGACUCACUCCCGCCGAGGAAGCAGAGUACCUCGCCCGUCGCGCCAACCGCUCGCGCUCAGGCUCGAGUGCGCCAGGCUAUCCGCCGCCGCCGCCGUAUCCGACCUAUGGGUUUGAGCGCGAGCGCGGGAGGCCAUCCGACGCUGAUCCUUUCAUGUACCAGACGGGCGGCCCUCCGCCCGGGCUGUACGCGCGCAGCAGCGCAUCUUCAAGCCCAAGCAGCCAGCGUCGCGCCGUGUUUGGCUCUUCUGUUGCCUUGCCGCCAGCCGGAGAAGGUGUCGCGUACACCGCGGUUCCGCGCCGCGUACCCGUCCCCCCGGGAGCCGUCUCUGCGGCAAGCAGCUCACGCUUGAACGAUCUCGCGGGGCUGGGUCACGCCAGCAUCUCCGAUCCUACUCUGGGUUACAAAGCCCGAGGCGGCCAGCGAAACAGGCCCCUCGAAGUCGAAGUCGAAUAUGACCCACCGAGUGCAAGUGGAAGCAGCGGAGAGAGCGACGGUGUCCACCAAGGCGUCAGGAUCCAUGACGCGAACCUUGGGCCUCGAAUAGGCGUGGGGGGCCGAGCCAAGGAACUCGAGCGUGAAGCAAAUGCAACUGGUCGGAGUGGCAGCGGGAGCGGCAACGGCAGCGGAAGAAAGCGAAAAGGAAAAAGAAGAUGA